AUGGCAGCACCCCAAACCGUCACAGUCGAAUACAACGACAACCUCGCCAUCGUAACUCUCAACAACCAAGAGAAGCUCAAUGCCCUGAGUCAAGAAGACUACUACAAACUAGCCACCACGCUGCGAGAAAUCGCCCAGCACGACGAAGUCCUGGUCACGCUGUUAAUCGGCAAAGGCCGCUUCUUCUCCGCAGGCGCAGACGUAACCCGCCCACCACCCGACGCCAAAAAAACCCCACCCCGCCAGUACUGGCUCCGCGCCCUGGUCCUCAACAACAUCGACCUAGCCGAUGCCUUCUACACCCAUCCCAAGAUCCUAGUGACAGCCCUGAACGGCCCCGUGAUAGGCCUCUCAGCGGCAGUCAUCGCGCAUUCGGACUUCAUCUUCGCAACACCGAACGCAUACCUCCUUACCCCGUUUUCGUCGCUCGGGCUUGUCACCGAGGGCGGGGCCAGUCUCGCCUUUGUGCGCCGUCUUGGGAUUAGCAAGGCUAAGGAGGCGUUGCUUUCCAGCCGGAGGAUUCCGGUUGAGGAGUUGCAGCAGGUUGGGUUUGUGAAUCAGGUGUUGGAUGCUGGUGGAGACGAGGAGAGGUUUAGGGAGAUGGUGUUGGGUGAGAUUCGGGGUCGGUUUGGGGAUCAUUUGGUGGGUUCGAGUGUUUUGGAGAUUAAGAGGUUGCUUCGGGAGCCUGGGGAUAGGGAGUUUGGCUCUCAGGCGGUGCAGGAGGUUUUUGGGGGGUUGAGGAGGUUUGUGGAUGGGAUUCCUCAGGCGGAGUUCAGGAAGAUUGCUACUGGGGAGAAGAGACAUAAGCUUUAG